AAGUGUCUUUUCAAAAUACUUGGUGCUGCUAAACCGAAUCAAUAUGUUAAUUGCUUUAUUCCUUUGUUCGUUUGUAAUGACUAAAUGUUGAAUAGUGUUAUGAAUUUGAUGUUGCACAGAAAGGUUAGUAGUGUCGGCUAGAAUUCUGUUGCACUCGUACAAUUUAAUGCAAUGUGGACUGGAUCUAGUAUUGCACUCGUACAAUUCAGUGCAAUGUGGACUCGGCCUAGUGCUGCACUCGUAUAGUUUAGUGCAACACGAGCGCAAACUGACCGAAUUCACUAUUAUAUGUAAAUUUCAAGAUUUGGACUUUGCAUCGUAAUAUCUCUGCUCGUAGGGCACGUAUACGAAAAAUGAGAACACUUCUAUUAUAUAAUGUAACUCCAAGCUAUCCAUUGAACCUACUUUGAAAUUUAUCCGUUUAGUUAUUAAGAUCCGAUAAUAUAAGGGUUUCUGAAAUCGUCACUUUGCAUAAAGAUACACGGUCGGUCUCGCUGCGCGUAUACUUGGCGCGAGACACUACCAUGAUAAAUGUCUCUUGAUAAAUAUUUAAGAAAAUCUGUGUAUCUGACGAAACAAUGUGAGAAGUAUAAAAUAGAGAAUUAAUAUCGGGGAGGAAGAGAUAAAACAUUAAGAAAGUAUUAUGUCACUGUUAUUAAUAAGUAUUCACGAGGUAUAGUCACACAUAAUUGAGAAAAUCUAUGCAUGUCACGAAACACAGUGUGAUACAUAUAAAAUUGAGAAAAUGUACGAAGCUAACGAGACAAUGUGCUAAAUAUAAAAUUGAGUAAAGUAUGAAUCCAACGAAACAAUGUGAUAGAUACAAAAUUGAGAAAAUGUACGAACCUAACGAAACAGUACCAGAAAUUUAAUAUUGAGAAAAUGUCUUUGACUAUAGAAAUAUGGACUGCCAGUAGCCAACUUCAGGUUGGUAUCCAAGAUGUGUUGCGCCGCCAUCGACCAAGUGAGGCGUUUAGGAACUAAAAUGUAUGACAUAUAGCGAUUUCUGCGGAAAGUGUUAAGUGUAGAUCAACAGUGUUAAACGUAAAAGAAAAUAUAAUAGAAGUGAGUACAAUAAACAAUGGUGGCGUAUUGUUAUGUUGAAGGGUGUAAGACAACUAAAUAUAAAAAUAAAAUAGAAAACAACAAAGCUCUACCUAUGUACAAGUGAGUUAGAGUUAACCUCAAAUACAGGGUGUUUCAAAAGUGAUGGUCAAAAAUGUAGGGAUGAGUAGUAAAAACGAAGAGAAGCAAAAAAGUUCCAGUAAACAUGGGUCCGCAAAUUAACCGUUUACGAGAUAAUGUAAUUGUUUUACUGGUUGGGGCCCGCUGAAUACUUCAUGUUUCGUACGUAUGCUGCACGCUCUCCCAUCUCAUCUCCUUCUUUCUCAUUGCUUGAGCCUUAGUAGUAAACAAAAAACAAUCAGUGUAUCUGGAACGUGGUUGCUAUGUACAUUGUGAAUGGAAGUUCUGUGCACCAGUACUUACAGAAUCGUGAUUUAAUUGUGAAAAGGUUUGUAUACAUGGAACAAGAUUACAGCAACGUAGAGUACACAGACAUGCACUUCAUGUAUGGCAAAGCCAACGGCAAUGCACUCGAGGCUGCGCGUUUGUAUGCAGAAGCUUUUCCCAACAGAAGGCAGCCCGACAGGCGAACUUUCAUCAGGAUCCAUCAACGCCUGAGAGAAAAUGGGUCCUUCGCACACCAAAGACGACCAGGUAGACCCAGAUCCAUAGCACCUGAUCUAGAAGAAAGGGUAUUAGAACGUGUAGAUAUAAACCCAGGAACUUCGACAAGGAGGAUUGCUAUGCAAGAGCGAAUAAGUGCGAGCAGUGUGCGGCGAAUCUUACAUCGCGCGUUACUGUACCCAUACCAUAUCCAGCGUGUGCAAGGUCUCAAGAACACAGACUUCCUUCUCAGAUUGACUUUGUGUCAGCAGAUACAACAACAGAGCGCCCUAGACCCCAGUUUUUAAACAACAUUUU